GGGGGAGGGGUGGAGAGAGGAGGAAGAGAAAAGUGAGCUUGUCGGUGAGGGUUAGUCUCAGUCCUCAGAGGUUUUACAACAUGGAUGAUAAUCUGGAAUAAAUCUGUGUUGUGUUUUUUGCUGAUGUCACGAGAAGCCACUAUGAAACAUGUCUCUCCUCAGGAAGAUCAAUCGGGUUCUCCUGGUGCUGCUGGUGGUCAUGGUGUGCCUCCUCCUGCACAGCACCCUGCUCAGAGCCUCCACCCGACCCCCGCCCUCAGAUCACCGGAAAGGCGGCGCCGUCUCCCUGCCGAGGUCGCAGGACAUGGACGACGUCGUCCCCGUCGUCAUCUGCGCGUCGGAGGAGCGACUGGGCGCAACCAUGGCAACCAUCAACAGCAUCAUAAGCAACAGUGACGCCCGGGUUUUCUUCUACAUCGUCACGCUCCGAGACGCGGUCAAGCUGACGAGGAGAUACAUCGAGAAGACGAAGCUGAAAGGCAUCCUGUACCAGCUGGUGGAGUUUAACCCCAUGGUGCUGAAGGGGAAGGUGAAGCCCGACUCGUCUCGGCCCGAUCUCCUGCACCCGCUCAACUUCGUCCGCUUUUACCUACCUCUGCUCGACAUCCACCACAACCGGGUGAUUUAUUUAGACGACGACGUCAUCGUUCAGGGUGAAAUCAAAGACCUAUUUAAUGUGAGACUGAAACCAGGACACGCCGCCGCCUUCGCCACAGACUGUGACCUGCCCAUCACACACGAGAUGGUGCGCAGCAUCGGCAUGCAGACAACCUACAUGGGCUUCUUAGACUUCAGGAAACGGGAAGUCCAGGAUUUGGGCAUCAACCCCAGAGACUGCUCCUUCAACCCCGGGGUGUUUGUCGCAGACAUGAAGGAGUGGAAGAAGCAGAAGAUCACCAAACAGCUGGAGAAAUGGAUGGAGGAGAAUUUCAGGCAGAACAUAUACAGCAGCGCCAUGGCGGGAGGCGUGGCCACUCCGCCCAUGCUGAUCGUGUUUCACGGCAGGUUCACCACGCUGGACCCCCUGUGGCACGUCAGACACCUGGGCUGGAGUCCAGACGCCCGCUACGCAGACAGCUUCCUGAAAGACGCCCGCCUGCUGCACUGGAACGGCCCCUUCAAGCCGUGGAAGGGCCCGGCGGUGCACGCCGACCUGUGGCAGAGGUGGUUCGUUCCGGACCCCUCCAGGAGGUUCAUCCUGAAGAGCUGAGAGCUGAGGAGCUCCCGAACCUUCUCCUGUGGAGCUGGAGAUGGCCGCACAGCUGGUGGAUCCCUGAGGAGCGUGCAGCGAGGAGGGAACGUAGCAAUAAAGAUCAGACAGUAGAAUAAUAAAUGUUUCAAGGAAGUGAACGAGACUCAAAAAAUGUCUUUUCCUGCUAAUUAAAAAUAAAGUUCUCGGU